AUGAUAGACGAGUUCAAGAGCAAUAUGUCAAACAAGUUCGAGACGAGUGAUCUUGGACUCUUAACCUAUUAUCUAGGCAUUGAAGUCAUUCAACACAAUGGUGGAAUAUCUAUCAAACAAGCGAGCUAUGCAAAGAAGGUUCUUGAAGAGACAAACAUGAUUGACUGCAACGCAACACAAUAUCCAAUGGAUGCAGGUCUGAAACUCUCGAAGGCACAAGAGGAAGAAAGCGUUGAUGAAAAAGACUAUCGCAGGAUCAUAGGGUGCUUGGGUUACUUGCUACAUACCCGACCGGACUUGUCUUAUGCCGUCGGUGUAUUAAGUAGGUAUAUGCAUGAACCUAAAGUCUCACACUGGGCGGCUCUAAAGCAGGUUCUAAGGUACGUGAAAGGCACAUUUGCUUAUGGUCUCAACUUCACGCGAACAAGCAAAGCAAGCUGGACGUUAACAGGGUAUAGUGACAGUAGUCACAACGUCGACAUUGAUGAUGGAAGAAGUACUAUAGGCCAUAUGUUUUACCUGAACGAUUGCCCUAUUACAUGGUGCUCCCAAAAUCAAGAAACAGUUGCUCUCUCUUCCUGUGAAGCCGAGUUCAUGGCGGCUACUGAGGCGGCAAAACAAGCGAUUUGGUUACAAGAACUUCUUGCUGAAGUAAUGGAAGAAUCGUACAAUGGUCAAGUGGACGUGGAGCACAUUGCUGGGAGUCUACAGAAAGCUGAUACUCUUACUAAAGCCUUAGGAAGAUUGAAAUUCAAGGAGAUGAGAGAGCUUGUGGGAGUUCAAGAUUUGAAAGAUAGUGACUUCAAGUUUAAAGGGGAGAAAGUUAGAGAUAAACUUGAAGAUAGCUUAAAUCUCAAGUCAUACUAA